UGCCCGGGGACGCAAGGAUGUCCACGCUGCGCGCCUUGGCGCUGUACGACUUCCGAUCUGAGAACCCCGGGGAGAUCUCCCUGCGGGAGCACGAGGUGCUCAGCCUGUGCAGCGAGCAGGACAUCGACGGCUGGUUGGAGGGCGUCAACAGCCACGGGCAGCGAGGCCUCUUCCCGGCCUCCUACGUGCAGGUCCUCCGCGCCACCCCCGCCGGGGAGGCCUCCGGGCCGGCCGUGCAGGCCCCGACAGGCCCGGUAGGCCCAACGGGCCCGGCGCCCGGCCCGGCCCGCUACGCCAACGUGCCCCCGGUCUGCUUUGACCCGCCACCCGCGCCUCCCGCGGCCAACGACCUGCUGCCCACCUUCCGGCCCCUGCUGGGCGUCCUGCCCCACCCCGGGAGUGUCCGCUACGACCCCUCACCCCCGCAGCAGCAGCAGCUCAGCCAGGGCAGCGAGGACGACGACGACUACUGGGACGACGAGUGGGAUGACGCCUCCACGGUGGCCGACGAGGCGGGGGUCCCCGCGGCCCCGGUCCCCCCGGCUUCGUCAGCCCGCCCGGGCGCCGGGGCCCGGGGCUCGGCCACGGUGGGCCGCAACCUCAACCGCUUCUCCACCUUCGUCAAGUCCGGCGGCGAGGCCUUCGUGCUGGGCGAGGCAUCGGGCUUCGUUCGGGACGGCGACAAGUUGUGCGUGGUGCUGGGCCCCCACGGGCCCGAGUGGCAGGAGAACCCCUACCCCUUCCGCUGCACCGUGGAUGACCCCACCAAGCAGACCAAGUUCAAGGGCAUGAAGAGCUACAUCGCCUACAAGCUGGUGCCCACCCACACCCGGGUGCCCGUCCACCGGCGCUACAAGCACUUCGACUGGCUCUACGCCCGCCUGGCCGAGAAGUUCCCCGUCAUCUCCGUGCCCCACCUGCCCGAGAAGCAGGCCACGGGCCGCUUCGAGGAGGACUUCAUCUCCAAGCGCCGCAAGGGCCUGAUCUGGUGGAUGGACCACAUGGUCAGCCACCCCGUGCUGGCCCAGUGCGAUGCCUUCGCCCACUUCCUCACCUGCGGCGCCGACGAGAAGGCCUGGAAGCAGGGCAAGCGCAAGGCCGAGCGGGACGAGAUGGUGGGCGCCAACUUCUUCCUCACCCUCAGCACUCCGCCCGCCGCCGCCCUGGACCUGCAGGAGGUGGAGGGCCGCGUGGAUGGCUUCAAGGCCUUCACCAAGAAGAUGGACGACAGCGCCCUGCAGCUCAACCACACGGCCAACGAGUUCGCCCGCAAGCAGGUGACCGGCUUCAAGAAGGAGUACCAGAAGGUGGGCCAGUCCUUCCGGGGCCUGGGCCAGGCCUUCGAGAUGGACCAGCAGGCCUUCUCCGCCGGGCUGAACCGGGCCAUCGCCUUCACCGGGGACGCCUACGACGCCAUCGGGGAGCUCUUCGCCGACCAGCCCCGGCGGGACCUAGACCCCGUCAUGGAUCUGUUGGCCCUCUAUCAGGGACACCUGGCCAACUUCCCCGACAUCAUCCACGUCCAGAAAGGCGCUCUUACCAAAGUAAAGGAGAGUAAGCGGCACGUAGAGGAAGGGAAGAUGGAGGUCCAGAAGGCAGAUGGCAUUCAGGAUCGUUGCAAUACUAUUUCUUUUGCCACCCUGGCCGAGAUCCACCACUUCCAUCAGAUCCGAGUGCGAGACUUUAAAUGCCAAAUGCAGCAUUUCUUACAGCAGCAAAUCAUAUUUUUCCAAAAAGUGACCCAAAAGUUGGAAGAAGCGCUUCACAAAUAUGACAGUGUCUAAUCUCCAGACGUGGAAUUGGGGACCUUUCUCCAAAGGAGGAUGAUUUAAAACAGCAGGGGUGUGAUUAACUGCUGUCAGAGAACUAUUGCCAACGGUUCUGGGGUGAUACAAGGAUGGUUUUGUGUUCAAAUGGAACUCAGCUGAAUCUAUAAUUAUGUAGGGAAGACACAGUUAAUCUGGUUAUGUAAUAGAAACAGUACCACCCAUUGUAACUAAGUUAUACUAUGUAUGCCUACACUACCAUUGUAACUCUUUUGGAAUAAUGAUUAUACUAUUUGCCUUAUUGCUUUUUCAAGUAUGGUAUUCUAGUGCAUACUU